CGUGCGUCUUAAAAUCAGUCGAACGACGUCUGCACACACGAUAAGUCACGUGCUAGAGAGUACACGUGGGCGAAUAGAAAAAUUUUCAAAAAAUACACCGAUAUUUUUAUUUAACAAAACUAGUGCACCUUGUUCUUUUCGAAAGUUUUUAAAAAACAAAUUUCCAAAUUCUUAACAAUUUUAAAAUAAUAAUUCAAAAAUUGUGUUAAAUUAUAGUGAAUUUAAAACAAAAUUCAGUGUUUACCAAAACAAAUAAAGUUACAAGAAAAAAAAUGGAACACAAUAUCCAUAAUAAUGCAGUACAUUGGGGAUACAAUCCUGCAUCUACUACGCAUAAUCACUGGGUACCACCACCUCAAACACGAUCCGUUAAACGAGCUCUAUCCGAAAGUGACUGCGAUGAGCUUUACUCGGAAGAAUCAUCCAAGGAACAGGUAUCUCCUGGUGAACCUGGCAGUUGUCAGUUGAUAAGUCGUAAAAAGCGACGGGGUGUCAUCGAGAAGAAACGCCGAGACAGAAUAAAUUCUUCCCUUUCCGAACUAAAACGUCUUGUUCCAUCAGCUUAUGAAAAACAAGGGUCGGCUAAAUUGGAAAAAGCUGAAAUUCUCCAACUUACGGUGGAACAUCUUAAAUCUAUGCAAUCAAAAGGAUCCGAUUCAAUGGGAUAUGACCCUCAAAGACUUGCAAUGGACUAUCAUAUCAUUGGUUUUAGAGAGUGUGCUGCGGAAGUGGCGCGUUAUUUGGUCACUAUUGAAGGCAUGGAUAUUCAGGAUCCGUUGCGGUUGCGCUUAAUGUCACACUUACAGUACUUUGUUCAACAACGUGAGAUAUCAGCAAAAAGUUGCACGAGUCCUAAUUGGUCGUCAGCGGCUUAUCAACCGAAUUGCACAACCACUUCAUACCAGAGCGGAUAUCCGAUUCAAACAAGUGCCACAAGCUCUUACGUUCCGAACCUGCCAUCAGUGCAAUUACCAUACCCUACGUUGAAUUCAUCGCCAGUGGCAUCGUCUAUCCACCAGUCACCACCAGUGUCUCAUAGCAACCGUUCGAUCCCACCUCCGAGUAAUAAUGAUGGAGUUGCACUGAUGCCUCACGCUACCCAGCAGCAUCAACCGCAGCACAUUCAGCCCCAACCUAUUACCAGGCAUGAAACUCAGCAACAUCAGUCUCACUAUCCACCACCAGAGCAGACUCACGAGCAUCAAGGUUCGACCUACAUUGAACUAACAAGUAGCAGUCAUAGGAAUUCCACUGCUCCCAUCACUCAUCCAUAUGGAAACUCAUCUGAAUACCCUGUCAGUAGCGCCCAAGAGAAUAAUCCUGCACCAUACGGAUACGCAAGCGCAAAUGGAUCCAAACCAUAUCGCCCAUGGGGUGCUGAAAUGGCUUAUUAGGCAUUCGUUAGGCUUAAAAAAAAACACUUAAGUUUCCUUAUUUACCCAUCUAAGUCAUUUUAGAUAUUACAAAGAAAGAGUGUGUGAUAACUAUUUUAUGUAUUUCAAAAUAGUUUAGAUGAUAAGUUUAUUUAUUAUUUAAUUUAUAUUUUCUAUAGUAAUAUACAUACGAGUACAUAAUAUCGAGGGGAUAGAGCUUUAAAAUACUAAUAUAUAUAUU